AUGGACAGUCAAAAGAAAGUGUUCUGUGUUAUGGAUAAGUUGCAGGCCAUUGCUGAAGGAGUAGAGGUUCCCCUGCCUGCCCAUAUUUCUCCAUGUGCAGACAAAGACACAGGCUUUCACAAACGUUAUUGCUGGAUUAAAUUCUCAACUCAACAAGAUGUUCAGAAUGUAUUUCAGAAGGACUCCCACAUACUUGAAGGUGCUAAGCUCGCUCUCAAACAGCAGCCCCGUAGAAGACGCAGUCAAAGAAAGAAUCCAAGCGAGUGA